UGUUGCUGCUAUCCAGGUGACACCCGAGUGGAAACCUUUUGUUUCUCAUGUGAUUAUUAUUUUUAUUGUUUGCUUGAAUCUUGUGGAGAUGUGUUUUCUUCCAGAGGAAAGUCAGCGUGACAUGAACACGUUUGUUGAAUUUUGCUGAAGGCGACCAUCAUUAAUGGAGUGUGAGCCGUGGACAGACAGCUGCAGUGAUGAAGACAACAACUCUGAAGACCUCCUGUGGGAAACCCAAGACGGCUGUGCAGCUGAGCCGUCUCACCACCCCCAGCUGGACACAGACAUGGAGGCAGUCAGGACUCUGUACUCAGACUCUGCUGUCUCUGUCAGAGAGUAUCCAUCAAUUGACGGGGUGGACGUCGACUUAAAUAUUAACACCAACUUUCUGGAUGUGGAAGUAGCUAAAGCCUGGAGGAUCAAUCCAUCAGAGCCCAUCGUUAUCCACCUGCACUUCUCCCUGUCUCAGUAUCUGCACGGACCUGCUCCCUCGGUUGAAGUCUUUCAGCCAUCCAAUAUGGAUCAUUUCAGUUUAGGGAGACAACUGCAGCAAAUCCUUACAGCCUUUAUAGCUCAAGAAUGGAAACAUCGGAUGAACGAGGACGCUGAGGUCCAACCAAAGAGCCAACACAGCUGGUUCAGGCCAAGUGGAACCAUCAAGAAGUUUAGUGCACGACUCAGCAUACGGCUGCCACUUACAAGGCCAAAUGAGACCCAGGAUCCAGCUGUUAGAGGAAUAAAAAACGUACCAGCUGUGAAACAAAAAUGUUUCCCAACUCUGACAACUUCCUACGCCAUCAAGAAUCCGGCUGGAGAACUUUUUACAUACACAGCCGAUGGAAAGAGAGUGAGAGUGAGAGCUGUGAAAUCAUCCGUCCAGCUGAGCUCCAAGCAGCUGGUGGAGCUGCUGUUCACCUCUCAGGCCAUCAGACACUGCAGACGUUCUCCAGCUCGGCAGCACGGCUUCCUGGUGCAGAUAAUGAAGUACGCCGAGCAGAGAAUCCCAACGUUGAAUGAAUUUUGUGUUGUCUGCGAUGAGCGACACGUCUUCCAAAACAGCCCCAUGCUGAAGACAGCAGUUUGCAGCAGAGAGCUGUGUGUGUUUUCAUUCCAUACUCUGGGUGUGAUGUCUGGAGCUACAGAGGAGGUUGCAACCGGAGCAGAGGUGAUCGACCUGCUGGUCGCCAUGUGCAGAUCUGCCUUUCAGUCAUCACGAAAAAGCAUUGUGUUUGAACCGUACCCCUCUGUCGUUGAUCCACUCAACCCCAGAACUCUGGCUUUUAGCCCAAAGAAAAAAAGCUACGAGCGGCUGCAGAGAGCUCUGGAUGGUGUCUUGUUAAUCAGACGGAUGGCACAGGGCCCUCAUUCUGAGAUAAAGAGGCAGAUGGAUAAGAUAGACCCUCUUGCUCAUCCUUUACUACAAUGGAUUUUAGCGAGCAACAGAUCACACAUAGUCAAGCUUCCACUGAACAAGCAUCUGAAGUUUAUGCGCACACCUCAUCAGUUCCUGCUCCUCAGCAGCCCUCCAUCCAAAGAGCUUCGCUUUCAAACUGCCCGCAAACUUUACGGCAGCACUUUUGCCUUCCAUGGUUCCCAUAUUGAAAACUGGCACUCCAUUCUGAGGAAGGGCCUUGUCAGUGCCUCCUACACAAAACUGCAGCUUCAUGGAGCUGCGUAUGGAAAAGGCAUUUAUUUAAGCCCCAUUUCAAACAUAUCUUUUGGAUAUUCUGAGAUGGGUAAAGGACAACAUCAGAUACCAAGCAAAGAGGAGCUCAUAAAGAAAUACAACAGAAUAAAUAAACUUAAACAGGAAGAGUUGGGCCAAACUAGGUUUCUGCAAAGCCGGAACCUCAACUGUGUUGCUCUUUGUGAAGUUAUCACCUCAGACGACCUGCAGAAACACGGGAACAUUUGGGUUUGUUCAACCUCUGACCACGUGUGCACACGCUUUCUUUUUGUGUAUGAAAAUGGUCAGGUGGGAGACGCGCACAUCGACACUCGGGAAGCACAAAUCCAGCAGGAAAUUUUACAAGUAAUCGCUUCAAAAUCAUGCUGA